AUGGAAAGCUUCGUUUCUGCACGUCCCAUUCAGGAAUGCCUAGAGAAAUUCCCUCAUGUUAAAGUAGCCGAUGAUGGAGACCUCUUAAUCCCAACUGAACUCUCUGAAAAAUUCUUUCAAAUCCUUGAUACAGAGGAGAGAGCAUCCAUGCCUAGGCCAGUCAAUGUCCCAACAUCGCCAUUGCCACCUCUGCCAUGUCCCCCCCUUCCCUCCAACAAUAUUUGUCAUCAAUUAUCAGCUAUCCAUACAGAAACUAGAGUCACGCGGAAACUCCAUGCCAACUAUCUUAUUGAUUGGCCUCUUGAAGCGAUUGUUGAGUAUCCAAGAACCACGGACUCACCAAACGAACGUAUCCUCCAUAUUUUUCGUGUUGAUCCCACCAGCCCGGUUUUACCACAGCACAACUUCCUAUAUGGCUUUGGGUCCCCUUGUGGCAUGCACGAAAAUGUUCAAUGCUAUGCAUUGAAAGGUCAGAGCGGUGUGUACCCUCGAUGCAGGGAACAACAUCUAACUUGCCAAGGAAUGAAAGUUUGCGAAUUCAGUAACUUGGAACUACAGUCCAUCCCUCAUAGCUUAGCAUGCCAUGAUGAUGUCAGCGCCCGGGCCUGUGAUGAACAUCAUCUACAUUAUGGAAAUCCCUCAGCAGCAAAACAUUUACAGCAAGCUACUCUUGCGAAAUAUACUGCACUCCAAAAGAUGGGCUGUCCUUCACCUCAGGAUCUCGAAACCAUUAUGACUGACACUGAAUGGGAUGCGCUCAAUGAGAAACUAUGCAACAAUCUUGAAAGUCGGCGGGGAUGGGAUCACUGUAACUCACGUUGCAGUGGACGAUUGGUUCUGGAGAUGGAUUAUGAAGAUCCUCUGCACCGAGGGUCCCUUUGUGUGAGGUGCGAACACUUCUCUGCUCUGCACCGAAGUCAUUUUGAAGAAGUAAUUGUCGGUGUCAAUGCUGAAUACUUUGAGGCCCUAUGGUUUGAUGAUGAAGAGACUGUCAAAGAAAUCGAGUGUAUGAGCAAUAGCCAGGGCUGGGGACCUGAUGCUAUGUGCUUGACCAUUGAGAAUUCCUCGUCAACCCAGACCCAUUGCACUGUUGACCAUCAUCUACCAAAUAAUCGUCGUGGAAAGCUCAAGCAAAUCACAUGUACCUGUAUAAUGUGA